AGGGGAUCCGUUUUGUGCUAGACCCCAUUUGGAACUCUUGAGUUCCUCCCCAAAUGAUACAAGUAUGCGUAAUUACGCUGAACUCGCAAGGUGAAUUCAUUCAUAUUUCGUCGAAAGUCGAAAGACGCCAAAUAAGCUCACUCUUCAUGAAGAGCUGCCAAUGACGAGGACUCAACUGUAACUCAGAGCGUCUAGGGUAGGCAUGAAGUCUUCGGUGUGCUAGUACUGGUUGUCUAGGCAACCACCGCCUUGGCGGGAUGUCAAUCCAUAAACACGCAAUCAUGCCUCCGCGCUCUGAACCCCGGCCUGCUCAACGUGCCAACGCCAUCCGAGACCCUCCCGCAACUCUACCUUAUGCAAUUUGUCCCUUUUUAGAGGAUCAUCAAGCGCUAAAUAACAAUCCGCAUGCCAAUCGACCAGCCAGCCGUAAACAUGGAUGACGAGUCGAGCCAAGCAGGCUCACCGGUCGGCAGGCCUCUCCAGGCUAUCACCGCCAACGCGCAACAACGCGAUUCUCUCAGCACCGUCCACGAUAAGAUCAGCCAGUUCAACAGUAUGAGCAUUGCGAUGCAGUCUAAACAGCUCGAGCGCAAGACAGCCGACGCAGCCCUGAAACGCGCCAUGAUCGGGCGCGAGGAGGCCGAGGUGGAAUUGCGCAAAUGCAAGGAGGAGCUGAAAGCAUUGCGCAAGGCCGUCGACGAGGGCAAAGAGCGCGAGCGUAGGGUCGGCGAGAGACUGGAGACUGUCAUGGAGAACUAUGGCCGAGCGAAGGAGACACACGCACACACACAAGCUCUCUGGGAGAAGGAGAUUCGACGCGCAAGAAAAGAGACGUUUAAGACACAAUCUACACACGUCAAGUUACAGGAGGAGCUCAAGACAGCCCGCAGCGCGACCAAGACCCUCGAAGAGACCGUCGAGCGCGAAAAGAAGCGAAGUCACAUGCGGGAGCAGGAUGCCUUUGAAGCGCGCUACCAGAUGGUUGGCAUCCAGGAGAAGCUCGAGCAAGCCCUCGCGCUGAUUAAAGUCGUCGAGCAAGAGCGCGACGCGUACAAGACGGCGGCUAAGAACGAGGAAGUCGCGCGCAUCGCAGCCGAAGGCCGGAUUCCACUACCUGUAUCGCACGAUCCGCUCGACGAAUUCGCAUCACCAGCAAAGAAGACGCAAAUGAAAAAGAGGAAGCUCAGCGUCGAGCCAAGGUACUCUCUAUCAACAUGGGAGGUCGAAGCCACAUCGGCUGCGGAGUUGGAAAUCGAGGACCUGACGAGUCAGAUCCAAUGGGAGAGGCAACGCGCCGACCGAGCGCAGGAGAUGAUUGAUUUCCUGCGGGCGGAGUGCGAGAUGAAGUUCUGUGCCUGCGGCAGAGCCCGAGCGCAGAUCAGCCGGGACUCGUCCGCUUAUCAACUUUUGAAGGCCUCUGAUCGCCACAGCGAGACAGCGGAGGAGCCCAUGUCUGAGGGCACGGAGGAGCAGCUCUCCAACCACCCAGAUGAAACCCCGAGUGAGCACAUGUCAGAAGCAGAAGACGAUGCGACGGAGCGGCCUCUACAAACUAUGCAACAAGAAUUCUCGAGCGACAACAUCCCGAUGCCACCGCUUACACCCAGCCCACCACGACCCGCCGCACUUCAGCCUUCUCCCGAGCUAGCCCCCGUAACGUCCAAAAAGGGCCCACGCCUGAGCACAGUCUUCUGCCCCAACGAAGGUGUCUUUCGAACGGUCUCGGAGCAGGACGCCAGUCUGCUUGAAGCACAGGAAGAGGCGCAGGUUAUCGUCGAAGAUGUGGAGCCUCAGAAGGCAGAUCCAUCGCCCUACGAGCAUGAGGAGGAAGAGACGGAGGAGUUGCCAACGCCUGUUGAGCCCGAAACCGAAUUGGACUACACGUCGUCAGCCCGCCUGUACGCACGCACCCCAUCUGUCGAGCCCCCGUCGUUCGCUAUGCUGGGUCAGCAGCGCACCUCGUUGCUUUCUUUGCUUAACGCUCCACAUGGGGCCAACCGGGGUCAAACAAUGCCACAUGUCCCCAUGGUGGAAGAUCCCGCUGAGACGGCAGAACGCCAGGACGAGGAACAGCUAGAGGAGGACGAGGAGGCGCAAGGACCAAACUUCGAGCCCCCGCCUCGUGCGUCGCUUGAAACACGGCCUCAUACUUCGACAGCCCUUUACGGCACUGUCACAACGACAGUCCCUCUCCGAAAUGAGGACGAACAGCGCGAGUCAUCCAUGUCCUUCAACGAGAAACUGCGCACGCCCUCCAGCGGCAGCACAGCCAGUUUCGACACAACAAACCCAGCGCUCACGCCCACAAUGUCCCGUGAGCAAGCGCUCGCCAAGAUCCGCGAGAGGCGAGGUCGUGCCCGCAGUGCGCAGAACGGAGCAGCCCCGGCUAGCAGGAAUGCCAGCCAGGGGAAGGAAAGGAGGGAUUUGAGCGCGCCAACGAACAAGGUUGGCAGCAAAUCGAGAUGAGGUUGACGAAUCAGCUGUUGGAUUUCAGGCAUUCAGCAAGGUGUUUUGCACAAAAAAAUGGCGUUCUGGAUGAUUCAGGGGAUUACUUCCAUGUUACUUGGAGUUUGAGUG